AUGAAUUUUGUUUCGAAACAAUUUUGCCUUCUUAUCCUUUGGGUGAUAUUACACACAGCAAGCCCGUCCAAUUGUCGCAUAUCAAAUUACAACACGGUUAAGGUUGAUAGCGGUAGGUUGUCUCUCCCCGUUUGUGACGUUUUCAACAACAAGCAGAAUAUACAAAGGAGACACUUUGCUGUAAGGAGGAAAAAAUGGAAAGGUAGUAUACAAAAUUUGAGCAAACUCUGUAGUAUACAAGUAAAAAGGGAGGAUAACAAAUCGAAAAAUUGUUCCACUUCCAAGAAAUGCUCACUUGAAAAUGUAGCGAGCGGUUUUAAAAAUGCCAAGGGGGGGAGUUUCGAAGGUGGUCUAACGGAUGUGCUACAGGGGGACGCCCCAAAGAAGUGGCCACAGUUAAGCGAACACACAAAGGGUCUACAUAGGAAAAAACCAAGCCUGUGUGACACUGCUAGCCAUAUGAAUAAUUCCACAAGACGGGCAAAGGGACAAACGACCAAGCAACAAGUACUUAACUGUGAUUCAGACCAUCCGAAUGAGGAAACUCUAUCACCGAAUGGUGUGGACCUCCUGCAGAAGGAAAAAAAAUAUAGCAGACAAAUAUACACGCACGGAUAUGAAGAAGAGAAAAAAAUUCGAAAGAGUAAGAUAUUAGUCAUCGGCCUAAACGGGGUAAGUAGCGAAAUAUGCAAAAAUUUAAUUCUCUGCGGAGUGAAGGAAAUAGGAAUAUAUGACAAUGACAUUUUGAGCGUCGACGACGUAGAUAACCUCUUCUUUUGCGAGAAGAAAUUUAUAGACAAGGAAAAAAAAAGCAUAGCUUGUGUGCAGAACAUGCGUAAGUUGAAUGACAACUGCAAAAUUGAAGUGGUGACAAGUGUUGAAAAUGCUAUGCAACACUACGACGUAGUUGUAUCCGCAAAUCAACGUGACCAGUUUAAUAUAAAACUGAAUAAUCUGUGCAGAGGGGGCAGUGUGAAAGGAGAGAAAAAAAAGUUCAUUUGUGUAAAUACUGUGGGUCUGUUUGGGCGCAUUUUUGUCGACUUUGGACAAUUUACUUACUCCACUUCGAACAACAAUGGGGAGUCGUACGACAUAAGCAAAGUGGAACUAGCAGGCGAUGAUCACGUCGUGCUGCAUCUUUUGCCCAACUAUGGGGAAGUUCACUUGAGCGAAAAGGAUGUCCUGAUUCUACGUGUGCAAGAUUCAAAUCAGCAGGUGGUGAAUAUCCCCUGCGAAAUUACAGACGUGUGUAAGGGAAGUAACAAAAUCCGCGUCUCCAUUUUGAAAAAAAAAAAUGCACUGGACACGUUUGUGGGGUAUCUCAUCCCCCGCAGAGUUGUGCAGUAUGUAGAAAGAAUGAGCCACCAUCUCGGUAUCCGUCUGUUUGAAAAAUUGAGGAAGAUGCUCCAAGGAAAAAGCUCCAAUCAGUGUGUGCAAGAAAUCCUUUUGAAAAAUGCCCCCCGCAAUAUGAGUAUCAAAAAAGUGCCUGAACAGGUCAGGUUAAAUUAUCAAAGUUUGGAGGAAUACUUAAACGGUGUGCGGCGAAAACUGGACAGGGGAAAAAGCUAUUCUCCGUGGUCCCUCCUGAUGACGUUGUUUAACCGUCCUGAUGAAGGAGACCAAGUGAGCGACGAAGAGUUGUGCUUCCUUUGUUACGAAGAAAUGAUAAAACAUAAGAAGGGGGAGAAAAUAUUCACCCCAGAGGACAUUCAAGCGUUUCAAAACUGGUGUAAAAAAAAAAAAAAAAAUAUGAACAUUCAGGUAGUAAAUGAAUUUUGUUCAGCUGCACAUAUUGAACUGUCGCCAUUUUCUGCAUUUUUUGGUUCUUUGGUGACGCAAGAAAUUUUAAAAGGUGUAUCGCAAAAGUUCAAACCCAUUCACCAGACCUUUUUUUUCGACAAGAGGGAUUUAUUUCGCUAUGCGAAAAUUACUCACAAGUAUCACGGAAGGCACAUGCACCAGCUGAAUUUUUUUGGGCCCCAAUUUCAGAAAUAUCUGAAUGAAUUGAAUGUUUUGCUGGUCGGGUCAGGCGCCUUGGGGUGUGAGUUUUUGAAGCUGCUGGCGUUGAUGGGGGUUUCCUCGCGUAGUGGCAUAUCCCCUGGGGGGCGGAUCCAAGUGGUCGAUUAUGAUCUGAUUGAGGAAUCCAACUUGUCUAGGCAGUUCCUGUUCGGUUCGAAAGACGUGGGAAAGUUGAAGUGCCAAGUGGCUGCAGAGAAUAUUAAGAAGUUAAAUCCGGAUGUGAACUGUGGCUUUGUGAAAAUGAAGGUGGAUGAAUCUAUAUUGGGGAACCGGGGCUUGCUUCUGAAUUGGUUGUUUUCUCACUCGAGGGGUAAUGACCAAAAGGAGACACACAUAAACGGUGGUACAUCCUUGGAGGGACCUAACUGGAAGGAGAAAAUAAAAAAAAGAUCGCCUAUGAGGAGAAGCACCACCCCCAUUGUGUGCAUCCUCUGUUUGGACAAUUUCCAAAGCAGAGCAGUGUGUGACACAUUCUGCGUGAUGAAUUCCAUUCCAAUGGUCGAAGCGGGCAUAGAGGGUCUGAAGGGAAGUAGCCAAAUAGUUAUCCCCUUCGCAAGUGAGACUUACACAAGUAACUCGACCAAUGGGGAAGCCGACCAGGAGGCGAAUAACUCAUGCACCAUUACAUCCUUCCCCAAACACCCCAAGCAUGUAAUCCAGUUUGCAAGAAGCGUUUAUAACCAUUAUUUUACAGACAAUGUGAUAAAAAUGAAUAAAUUUUUAAAUGACCCUGUUUCUUUUAUUGGACAGUUAUGCACCUACGAUAAUGUGAGCAAUUUGCUCCACUUUUUUAAAUUAACAAAAAUGUAUUUCAAUUCCGACGUUCACAAAAAUGUGGAACUCCUCUGGGAAAACACCUUUGUGAGAAAUAUUAUCCACUUGCUGAAAAACAACGAAGCAGAAUUGCACAAGUAUUUUGAAGAAGUGCAGAAGUUGCCAAAGCCGGUUUCCUUCCAGCAGGGAAAUAAAAAUCACUUACUCUUCUACCAAUGUGCGUUGAAAAUUUUUAAAAAAGUUUUCAAAAAUUUGAUAGACAUUUUGGCUAGCCAGAACAGUCAGUAUGGGGGUGUCUUCUUUUUUAAGGAUGAGCAAGUGGGGACCUCCAAAUUGCCCUCCUUUGAGGACGCCAUAGGAGAAAUUGUGUCGAAGAAUGAUUUGCGCGUGGAUGUGAAGCGGCUGCUCUACUUCCUCUCUGUCAUCCGGAAGAAUACCGACCGGGAGUUCUACGCUUCCAUCGAGAGGGAACUCUUAGACCUGUUCAACAACCCUGUGUUUAUUUUGGCUCUACGGUGGGUUCAGCGCCAGAAGGACGAGGUGGGAAAAGAAGCAGGUGUGACGGCCAAUGCAACUACCCGCGGCGGUAAGGAAGUAGCUCUGCUCACCCCCCUGAUUUGUAACCUGCAGGACGACAAGGACGACAUAAACUUCGUGUUCAGCCUGACGAACAUACGGAACGAAAACUACAACUUUGCUCAGCUUCCCAUGCUGGAGUUUUUUAAAGUCUGCAACAACAUUGUGCCGUCUAUCGUGACGGUCGUUUCGGCGAUUUCUGCGUUGGCGUCCCUCGAGUUGUACAAGUUGGCCCAUUUGAUGCAGUCGCGUGGGAGGAAAGCCCAAAUGGGGGAAAACCACCCAAGGAGCCAAUCUUUACGGCGCGAGGAACCCACCCCAGAGGAUCUAACUCAAUUUCGCGAGGAAAAGUUAAAAGACCUAACCAUUUACACAUACGGAAGGAAGGUCUACAUUAGAAAAAACGGAAAAGUGAUAUUCUCCUUUUUUAACGUGCCCUACGACAAGCUAGAAAUCUUGUCGAGCGAAGUUAACAACCAUUAUGUGAAUUUGGAGGAUAAUUUUUUUACCCAUUCUGAGCUGAAUAGUGUGUGCCCCCCCUUGUCUUAUGAAAAGGCAGCGUCAGAAUUGAUGAGGAGAUUUCAGUUUUCCGUUUGGAACUAUCUCUAUGUUGAUAUUUAUCCUAGAGGGGGAAAGAGGAAGGGUAACGGGGAGUGCACCGUGGGGGAGUGCGGACUGCCCGUUGGUCCGUUCGACUACCAAAAGGGGGAGCAUUACGUGGUGGGCAAGCUGGCCGAGGUGAGUAGGGCGUUGCAAAAGGUGACGAAGAAAGCGCCUCCCGGGGUGAUCCACAACGUGAUGAGUGGUACGAACGAGGCAACCAACUUGGCAGACUCCAUCCUGAAUGAUCUCCACACGGUGGCUACCGCAUCCGAAGAUGAAGCGUCUCUUCAGGAAGCAUCUGUACACAUUUGCGACAUAAAAAAGAACUUGCACCUAAUGAUGGAGCAGAGCAGAAAUGGAGGAAAGUUUUCCAAGGCGGAGGGGGAAAAGGCACUAGCCGAUCUAGUGAACACUUUAAAAAAAGUGAAAAAAAAUACGGAACAAAUGAGCACCCAAGCAAAAGCAUUUAUAAACAUGAGGAGUAAAGAAACUAGGGAGGACGUCACGUUGGACGAACUGGUGGCAUCCCUGGAGGUUCUGUUCGGUGUAUCUAUUCAGACAAUUGGGGUGAGGGACAAAAUCAUUUACACGAAAUUUCAGUUGCCCUCUUUUAGACACUCGGGACGGAAAAGCCUCUCCGUUAUUCUGCGUGAGCUAUUCAAGGGAGAUGCAAAUUCAUAUGCAGAGACGAGCACAUACGUGUUGCAUAUCUUCGCUACGGACAGUGCAGGGAGGGAAGUUAGCCUGCCCGACGUGCAGGUCAAUGUGCACUACCACUGA